AUGGGUUCCCUGGUGACGGUUCCGUCCAGUGGGGAGCCGCCGGUCUCCUCGAGCAGCGAGGCUCUGGCUGAGGCGUUGGCAGCGCUGGUGGCGGCUAUCAGGUCGGCGACGGACUCCGUCCCGGCACCGCUGAUGGAGCACGCGCCGCCGCUGGUACGCGCCGUGACGACGGACGACCGCGAGGCGAUGCGCCGGCUCGUGGAGUCGGAGGACGGCCCGAACGUCCCCGACGGCGGCGGCAAGACGCCCCUGCACUGGGCCGUCCUCGUGGAGGAGGGGGCGCUGGACGCGGCCGACGUGAACGGCUUCACGCCGCUGCACUACGCGGCGGUGACGCGCAACUCGUUCGCGACGCACCUGCUGCUGCAGGCGGGGGCCACCGUCGACUGCCGCGACAUCGACGGCCAGACGCCGCUGAUGAAGGCGGCCAGGUGGGACGACGUGGCACAGUGCCGCGCGCUGCUGGCGGCGGGGGCCGCCGCGGCCGUCGCCGACAGAGCCGGCAGGACGGCGCUCCAGUUGGCGGCGGCCGCGGGCACCGCCGACAUUGUGCGGCUGCUACUGGAGCGCGGCGCGAAGGCGGACGCGGCCGACAAGGCGGGCCGCACGGCGCUCAACUACGCGCUGCGGCACUCGCGGCUGGACGCGGCGCGGCUGCUGCUGCCCACGGCCGCCUACACCCCGCGCGUGGACAACACCGGCCGCACCGAGCUGCACUGGGCGGCGGCCAACGGCACGGCGGAUAUCGUGGAGCGCCUGCUCAGCUUCGGGCCGCCGAGGUGGCACCAAGACAUAGCGGGCAUGACGCCUCUGCUGCGGGCGCUGCAGGCCCGCAACGAGGCGACGGCCACGCUGCUGCUGGACGCGCCGAGCCGCCACAAGCGGGCCGCCGACCGCGUGGGCAUGACGGCGCUGCACUGGGCGGCGCGCGCCGGCCUGCCGCGGCUGCUGAAGCGCCUGCUGCAGGAGGGCGGCUCGGCGUGGGCGCCCGAUCACAAGGGCCGCGACGCGCUCAUGCUGGCGCUGCUCAGCGACGACGAGGAGACGGUGGCGGCCGUGCUCGGCCACGACGGCUUCCGCCAGCGCGCCGACAACUUCGGCAAGACGGCGCUGCACCUGGCUGCGACGCGAGGCCACGCCGCCGUCGCGCUCAACCUGCUGCAGCACGGCGCCGACACCGACGUCAGGGACUUCCUGGGCUGGACCCCGCUGGCGUGCGCCGUCUACUACAAGGCGGACGCCGUCGUGGACGUCCUGCGCUGCUACUCGGCCGAGGAGGAGCCGCUGCACCACACGGACUGCAGCAGACAUACUGUGGCGAUGAUGAUCGGAUGCGUGGAGACACUGCCAUUUCCCUCGGACUGUGGGGUUCUGGAUGCCAGAGAGGCGAAAGUGGAGGCGGCUAUUGCCUCGCUCAUGGAGGCCGUUCCGGCAGGAAUGGCGCAGCACGCACCCCCGCUCAUAGCUGCUGCGGCUAUCGACGACCGCGAGACGAUUCGCCGGUUCGUAGAGUCGGAGGACGGCCCGAACGACUGCGGCGCCGGCGGCAAAACCUCCUUGCACUGGGCGGUCGGUGUGGGCAACGAGGCUAUCCUCGGGAGCCUGCUAGUCCUAGGCAGGCGCUGUGCUACGGGACUGGACCUAGAGGCAGUAGACCGGAACGGCUUCACAGCGCUGCACUACGCGGUGGUGACACGCAAGUUGUCUGCGACUCGGCUGCUGGUGGAGGCGGGCGCUCAGGUCGACUGCCGCGACCUGGAUGGCCAGACGCCGCUGAUGAAGGCGGCCAGGUGGGACGAUGCGGCGCAGUGCGGCGCCCUACUGGGCGCUGGGGCCGACGCCGCGGCCACCGACGCGGCGGGGCAGACGGCUCUGCACGUGGCGGCGGCCGCGGGCGCCACCGGCGCGCUGAGGCUGCUGCUGUCGGCGCACGGGGCGGCCGCCGCGGCAGGCGCCGCGGACGGCCUCGGCCGCACGGCGCUGAACUGCGCGCUGCGGCGGUCGCGGCUGGAGGCGGCGAGGAUGAUGCUGCCUGCGGCGGCCUACACGCCGCGCGUAGACGACACCGGCAGCACGGAGCUGCACUGGGCGGCCGCCAACGGCGCGCCGGACAUCGUGGAGCACCUGCUGCGCCUCGGGCCGCCCAGGUGGCCCCGCGACGAGAGAGGCAUGACGCCGCUGAUGCGGGCGCUGGAGGCGCGCAACGAGUCCACGGCGGCGCUGCUGCUGGAGGCGCCGUGCUGCCUGGAGCCGGCCGCCGACGCGGCGGGGCUGACGCCGCUGCACUGGGCGGCUCGCGCCGGGAUGCCGGGGGCGGCGGCGCGGCUGUUGGGGGCGGGCUGCCCCGCGUGGGCGGCCGACGCCGCGGGCCGCGACGCGCUCACGUGGGCGCUGCUCGCCGACGACGAGCAGACGGCGGCGGCGCUGGUGCGCCUGGCCGGCUUCCGCCAGCGCGCCGACCACUUCGGGCGCACCGCGGCGCACGUGGCCGCGACGCGCGCCGGCGCCCCCGCCGUGCUGGAGCUGCUGCGCCGCGGCGCCCGCGCGGACGCGGUGGACGCGGAGGGCCUGACGCCGCUGACGUGCGCGCUGCGCUACAACGCGGCCGCCGUGGCCGACGUCGUGCGCUGCUACUCUGCCGACGCGGCGACGGCGGCGGCGAUGGCGGCGGAGGACCGAGACACGGAGUAG